GCGGAGGGCGGGGAGGAGGAGAGGGCCUGCUCCCUUCGCGAGCGAGGAGGACGAACCACACGGAGGGACGCGCUUAACCCCACCGCCCACCCUAUGGCGUUUGGGUGCCCCGCUUUGGAGACAACCCCCUACAUGCGGACUCGGAAGCCGGCUCGCCGGACAUUUCUCUAAAUCCACAACAUGGAUGAGUAUGAAGUGAUUAAAAUGAUUGGAGAAGGAUCCUUUGGCAAAGUAUUCUUGGCUAAAGGAAAGGAUAACAAUCAACCAUGUGUUAUCAAGGAGAUCAAUUUAACAACGAUGCCAAGAAAAGAAAAAGAAUGCUCUCAGAAAGAAGUCGCUGUUCUGUCCAAAAUGAAGCACCCUAAUAUAGUAGCUUUCUACACUGCCUUUCAAGAGAAAAAUAAGUUAUAUAUUAUUAUGGAAUAUUGUGAUGGAGGUGACCUAAUGAAGAGGAUAAUUUUGCAGCGUGGAGUGUUAUUUGAUGAAGACAAGAUCUUGAAUUGGUUUGUGCAAAUCUCCUUAGGACUGAAGCAUAUACAUGACAGGAAGAUUCUGCACAGAGAUGUAAAAGCACAGAACAUUUUUCUCAGCAAUAAUGGAGUGAUAGCAAAACUUGGAGACUUUGGGAUUGCGAGAAUGCUGAACAAUACCAUGGAAUUUGCUCGGACCUGUGUAGGAACACCAUAUUACUUGUCACCUGAAAUCUGUGAGAACAAGCCGUAUAACAACAAAACAGAUAUAUGGUCACUUGGCUGUGUAUUAUAUGAACUCUGUACUUUAAAGCACCCUUUUGAAGGCAAGAGUUUGCCUCAACUUGUGCUGAAGAUCUGCAGAGGCUAUUUCACACCAGUAUCUAUGAAGUAUUCAUAUGAAUUAAGAACAUUAGUAUCCCAGCUGUUUAAAACAUCUCCAAGAGCUCGCCCUUCUAUCAACUCCAUUUUGAAAAAGCCCUUUUUGGAGCAGCAGAUAAAGAAUUUUCUGCCCCCUGAGAUCAUGGAGGAAGAAUUCAGCCACACUGUCAUUCACAGAAAAAGGUCACUAGAUUCACUGCCAUCAGGAGCUCCUGAAGUUCAGAAAUCAAGAAUCCAUGAUCGUCAUUCACCCAAAAUCAAGCUGGAGAUGCUUUCCAGAAAACAAGACAUAAUGUAUGAAAAUGAAUGGAAAGCUCCUUCAAGGCCCCACGAUCCUAUUAAUCAGCCCUGGGGUCCUCGGUUGAAGAUGUGUGGGAAAUCAGAAGCUGCCAGAAGGAGGGGGCACUAUGACCAUUAUUAUAUGAAACUUGAAAACUUGCAGAAAAGGGCCUUUGAGCAGGGUGAUGAUCCUUGUAUCAGCGAAAGAUUGGAAGAGUAUUAUAAGCAGAAAGGACAAAAACCACCACCUCCACCACCUCACUGGCCUGCAGAAUAUCUUCAGAGACGAUACAAUGCCCAGCAAUACAAGAUAAAAGUAGAGAAGCAACUUGGAUUGCGUCCAUCUUCUGCUGACCGGCAGUAUUUUCAAAUGCAGUAUCGGGAGAUGAAGGAAGAGCAGUUGAGAGCUCUUGCUCAAAACAAUAAAAUGAAAGAACAGGAAUACCUGAAACAGCUGCAGAAGAUUCGUCAGCAGUACCACAGUGAAGUAAAUGAAAUUAGACGUAAAGCAGAAUCUCUAGAGGAGAAUAAAAAUAUAAAGGACAAAACAUAUAUUGUGAAACAGAGAAAGACUGAGAACCAACCUACUUAUAAUUAUAUUAUUCCUGGAGGACAAGAUGAACCAGUUCAGGAUCUCGAGCAAAACUUGAAACAAAUUGGAGUACAUAACUGGCAGGAGGAAAAUUUCAUUGAAAGAAAACACAAAGCAAAGGGAGGUCUAAAGUUUCAGAUUGAUCUGAAAGAUGGUGUUUCAGAUUUCCAGAAAGAGAAAGAGGAAUGUGAUAAACUUAAUGAAGCCUUAACUUUUGAAGAUGGAGAAAACCUUAAGAAAAAACUGACAAACAUCUGUGAUGAUUAUAUAGACAAAUCUUGGGAAACAGGUGGUGACAAUGAAGAUGAUGCCAUUGUAAACAGAAAACACUGGCAAACAUCAGUCCCACGGACUCUUCUGAAUCUUCUAGAAAAUGCAGAUAUUUCCUCUACAUCCACUACCAUGGAUGAAGCAGUGGGCCAGGUUACCUUGAUCCCUCCAGAAUUUCCUGAAAACAGGAGAAAAUGGAGCCAGGAAUCACCUGGGACACUAAUGAACAUGCUAGCUGAAGCAGAAUGCUCCAGUGACACUUUGUGCCAAGCCGAAGAACACAAGGAAACAGUAACCCCAUGCACUCCAAAAAAUGAUAAAGCUGAUUCAGUAGAGAGUUCUGAUUCAGAAGUGGAUGCUGCUGUUGAAGUGGAUGAAGAAAGGCUUGAUCCAAGAUCUGAUGACGAUGAUACUAACUUUGAAGAAUCUGAGGAUGAAUUGAGGGAUGAACUGGUAGAAUCCCUGGAAAAAGUAGUAACAUCUCUUCAAGAGGAGAUUAUAAAAGCCCCAGCUGAAACAGAAGACACAGAUCAACUGAAAAAAGAAGCACUAUCCAAUGGUAACCUUAAAUCCAUUGAAAGUUUGGAAGAGGAUAGUAACCUGACUGAAGACAAACAGGAAGGAACUAUCAGUUAACACUCUCUUGGGGAAUUGUUCCUUAAGAAUGACCGGUAGCUAGUGGAAUGUGUUUUAAGAAAUGGUUAUCUCUUUGUAGCUUGUUGUUGUUGUUGUUGUUUAGUUGUUUAGUCGUGUCCGACUCUUCGUGACCCCAUGGACCAUAGCACGCCAGGCACUCCUGUUUUCCACUGCCUCCCGCAGUUUGGUCAAACUCAUGUUCGUAGCUUCGAGAACACUGUCCAACCAUCUCGUCCUCUGUCGUCCCCUUCUCCUAGUGCCCUCAAUCUUUCCCAACAUCAGGGUCUUUUCCAAGGAUUAUUCUCUUCUCAUGAGGUGGCCCAAGUAUUGGAGCCUCAGCUUCACGAUCUGUCCUUCCAGUGAGCACUCAGUGCUGAUUUCCUUAUAAUUACAGAGGUGGGAGGUACGGUCCAGGUAGUGCAAGGCAGUUCAGUUUAACAAACUUUACAUGAAUGGUCCCCUGCCUUUCUGCAUUUUGACAUUAUCCCAACAGCCUUUACAACAUUUAGUUCCUCAUUCUCCAGUUGUGCACUAUAAUGUUACUUAGAUAUAAAAACAUCAUUAGGGAUUUGCAGCCUAGAACAAGUUGACGUCUUGAUAUGGAAGCACUUUAUUAAUCUUUUCCCUACAAGUCUUACUCAGCUAGAGACCUUGCAACAUAGCCUAUAGAAUAGAGUGGUGUUUUUU